AUGAAGUCGUGCCUGCUGUUGGUGUCCCAGGGGGAAAUCCUCCUUCCAACACUGGACAACAGUUCAUCAAACUGGGCUCGGCUCAGUCGAAGCACCGCUGAAAGCCUCCAUCAUCCAGAUGUAAAGGAGGAGAGUGAAGAACUGAGUGAAGAUGAGGAGAAACAUCAAGUCAAGAGUGAAAAAGAAACUCAAUCAGACACUGAAGAUAGUUUUUCAGUGGAAAAAACAGCUGUAAAUUGUUUCACCUGCACUCAGUGUGGAAAGAGUUUCAGCAGCAAAUCCUAUCUCAAGCAUCACAUGAUGAUCCACACUGGAGAGAAACCCUUCAAGUGUUCACACUGCGACAAGAGAUUCAGUUGUUUAGGAGGCCUUAAUGAACACAUGCUGAUCCACACUGGAGAGAAAAAUCGCAGAUGUGAUCACUGCAGCAAAACAUUUUUGAGGGCUUCAGAGCUGAAGAUCCAUCUUAGAGUUCAUGCAAACGAGAGGCCUUACUCAUGCUCUGAGUGUGAAAAGAGUUUUACACAGAAGUCACAUUUAAAAGAGCAUCAGAAGAUCCACAGUGGUGUGAGAGAGUUUGUGUGCUUUGACUGUGGGAAGAGUUUUAAAAGAGCUGAACACUUAAGACGGCACCAGAUGAUUCACACUGAAGAGAAAACUUAUGAGUGUUCACACUGCAACUACACAUUCAGACUGGCCGGUACCCUUAAACAUCACAAAAUGACUCACAGUGGAGAGAACCCGUACGCAUGUACUCAGUGUGGGAAGAGUUUCACACAAGUAUCAAACAUUAAUGGACACCUGCUGCUCUACACUGGAAACAAACCACACAAAUGUGAUCACUGCAGCAAAACGUUUUUUAGGCCUUCAGAUCUGAAGAUCCACCUGAGAGUUCAUACAAAGGAGAAGCCUUAUUUAUGUUCAGAGUGUGGGAAGACUUUUAUUACAAAUAGAGAGUUGAUAAAACACCAGAUGAUUCACACUGGAGAGAAACCGUACAAGUGUUCACACUGCAACAAAGCAUUCGGACGUUCAGGAACCUUAAAAAUACAUGAGAGGAUUCACACUGGAGAAAAACCGUACGAGUGUUCACACUGCAACAAGAGAUUCAGACGUUCAGGAAACCUGAAAGCACAUGAGAUGAUCCACACUAGAGAGAAACCACACAAAUGUGAUCAAUGCGACCAAGCGUUUUGUAGGGCUUCACACCUGGAGAGCCAUCUUAGAGUUCAUACAAACGAGAAGCCAUAUUUAUGUUCUGAGUGUGGAAAGAGUUUUAAACAGAAAUCACAUUUAAAAGAGCAUCAGAAGAUCCACACUGGUGUGAGAGAGUUUGUGUGCUCUGAGUGUGAGAAGACUUUUAUUAAAGCUGGAGACUUGAGACGACACCAGAUGAUUCACACUGGAGAGAAACCAUUCACAUGUACUCAGUGUGGGAAGUGUUUCGCACGAUUAGCACACCUUAAUAAACAUAUGCUGAGUCACACUGCAGAGAAAAAUCACGAAAUAAAGAAGCAGAAUGUAAUCUCCCUUCCUGGAAACUCUACUCUGUAUUCACAAACACCAGAUUUCUCAGUUAAACAGCCCCUGUUAUUCAUUAUAAAUAGUCCUAUUUUGGUUUUGGGGUCUCCGACAACAGGCUGAUGUGAAUACAAGCUCAAAGAACACUGUUAUUGUCUUAUAAUAUGCAUUUAUUUUUACCUAAUGACCCCAUUAACUUCGAUAUAAUUUGUUCAGCGAUUCAUAUAUUCCAAACCCUUCCUUUGCGUGAUGCUAAUCUGCGGUGAUUGGUCCGAUAACCCAGUCUGUUGUGAUUGGUUGACUGCGCUCAAUGCAAGACUGAUAGAAAACGCCCACCACAGCUUAUCAAUAUACUGGAGCAACUAUGACGUCAGUUAGCAUGCCGUAAGCAGUUAGCAUGUUAGCAGUUCUGGUUCCCUCGUCCCAGAGUCAGUGGGUUUUUGAAUGGGAUUUUGGUUAAAUGGCUUAAAUAAGGUUGGUGGCAAACACAAACUCAAGAUACUUUCACGUUUUAUUCUACGACACUAAACACAUCACUCUUGACUUUUUAAAUCGGUUCCGCUUCUGUAAAAAGACGGUUGCUCAAUGGGUCUACAGGUGAUGUCGGACUCAUUAUACGUCAUCGAGCUGAACUGGUCUGGAAUGAAGCCUGCUUUUACAGCUUGUGUUGGGCGUCUGGAUUUGUCUGUUUUUUGGUUAAGUGUUUUCGUAAGUAGUGUUUUAUAGUUUGUAGUGUUUAUCUAAUUGGGGAUUCAUAUUGUGUGUAGAGGGUGACGCGGAGGCGCAGUAGGUAGUGCUGUUGCCUCACACCAAGAAGGUCGCUGGUUCAAGCCUUGGCUGGGUCAGUUGGCAUUUCUGUGUGUUUGCAUGUUCUCCCCGAGUUGGUGUUGGUUUCCUCCGGGUGCUCCGGUUUCCUCCACAAGUCCAAAAACAUGCAGUAGAGGUGAAUUGGCUUGGCUAAAAUUGUCCGUAGUGUAUGUGUGUGAGAGUGUAUGACAUACCUGCCAACACUCCUGUUUUUCCCGGGAGUCUCCCGUAUUUCAGACCCACCUCCCGGUUUGUCAUUUUUCCCGGACAACUCCCAGAAUUUCAACUCCUUCCCCUGCUCCUCAGGUGUUUGGUACAAUCUGUAAAGCCUCCUUUCCACUGCUCAUGACAAGCAACAGGCUGGAAGUCAUUCUUUUCUAAUUGAGAGUAGUCCGGGAGCUGCGUGGAGUUCUGAUCAUCUCCGUAUGCGGAAAAUUCGGAUCCGAAUUCAGCUGCGGAUCUGUUGAAAUAUUUGAACUCCUGCGACCCGACCAUAAGCAGGUCCGUGCACGCGAGAUGAGAAAUACUUGUAUUUUUGGUUAUUUUUUAAUUAGAAAAAGUCUGUAUUAACAAAAAAACACUUCUGUUUAUAAAUGUAUGUAAGAAAGUACUAAAAAUAGUAAUAUCUUGGUCCUAACCUUCGACCACCGCCUGUUCCACAAUGCACCGACCAACCCCGCCCCCCUUACGACUCCCCCUGUAGGAUGGUCCCACGUCUCUCCUUCGGCCUUAGCCCAACUAGGUUCCAUGGGAAAAAACCCGGGCACCAGGCGCUUGCAUACCGGGCAAGGUGGUUUGCCAUCUUCAAGUCCUUACCCCGCUGCCCCUCCACAUCGAGAGAAGUCAGCUGAGGGUGGCUCGGGCAUCUGUUUUGGAUGCCUCCAGGAUGCCUACCUAGGGAGGUGUCCCUCCCUCUACCUUUUUGGUUUUUCCAGCCCCUGUAAAGUCUCAGAAUUGUAAUGGACACAGAUACCCCCCACCCCCCCCCCCCCCUCCACACACACACACACUUUUCAGUUUUACUAGCCUCUGUAAAGUAUUAGACACAGAUACAUCCUCCUCCUUGACCAAAACCCCCUACCCCCGGUCUCUCGGACUUUCAGAGACAAAUAUUGGCAGGUAUGGUGUAUACUUGUUUCCCAGUAAUGGGUUGCAGAUGGAAGGGCAUCCGCUGCAUGAAACAUAUGCUGGAUAAGUUGGUGGUUCAUUCCACUGUGGCGACUCCAGAUUAAUAAAGGGACUAAGCCGAGAAGAAAAUGAAUGAAUGAAUUGUGUGUAGAUAAUGCCUUCACUUAUAACGACCAUAACGGCAGGUUCAUUUGUUGAUUAUUUAUUUUAAUAAAAUGAUUUAAUGAAGAUACUGCUGACCAUAGUGCAGUCUGACUCUUGCCUGUUCUUCAUAAUACAGAUGUGUGUAAAGUUUAUAUGACUGUUUACUGACAUUUUAACAUGAUCGUUUUACAUUAACAUAAUUCGAAUGAUAUUUUCAUCAUUUUCUUGAUCGAAUAAUAAAUAAUUGUAUUGUUACAUUUUAUUAAAAACAGUUUAGUUUCUUCUGGAACAGGUCAUUUUUGUUAAAUUUCUGUCAGCCAUCUUGUGUAGGCCUAUGUUUGUUUUUUAAUUUGAGUUCAUUUUACGUUGUAAGUGCCUAAUUAAAAAUUUUACCUCCAA